UCGAGGAGGAGGACAAUCGCCUUUCAUGCUCGCAGCAUUGUAACAUUUUUCCCCGGCCGAUGCUCGCAUGCUUGUUUUUGUCCCGUGCACGUUCACCUUGCUUAAAAACCCAUUCACUUAAUCCAAAUCCGAAUCAGCCGUUGGGGUUCAUCAUCGCUUCAGCACGCGACCCUUUUUGAGUCGACUCAUCUUUUUAUGCCUGAUCUAUUGGGAUUCGGAGUGGGUGUUGUCACAGGACAAUGAUCGAGAGACCCGACUCAGCUGUUUCCAGCGUUGCGCAGAGGAAUCUGGAGGGUUAUGUCGGCUUUGCCAACCUCCCCAACCAGGUGUACAGGAAGUCUGUGAAGAGGGGGUUUGAGUUCACGCUCAUGGUUGUCGGUGAGUCUGGACUGGGCAAAUCCACGCUUAUCAAUUCCCUCUUUCUGACAGACCUGUACUCCAAAGACUACCCUGGCCCAUCUCAAAGGAUCAAGAAGACUGUUCAGGUGGAACAGUCCAAAGUGCUGAUAAAAGAGGGGGGCGUCCAGCUCACGCUGACCAUCGUCGACACACCAGGGUUUGGAGAUGCAGUGGACAACAGCAACUGCUGGCAACCUGUCAUCAACUACAUCGACAGUAAGUUCGAAGACUUCCUCAAUGCUGAAUCCCGGGUAAACAGGAGGCAGAUGCCUGACAACAGGGUGCACUGCUGCUUGUACUUCAUCGCCCCCUCUGGUCACGGGCUGAAGCCUCUUGAUAUCGAGUUUAUGAAGCGUCUUCAUGACAAAGUCAACGUUAUCCCGCUCAUCGCCAAGGCCGAUACUCUCACGCCAGAGGAGUGCCAGCUGUUCAAGAAACAGAUUAUGAAGGAGAUACAGGAACACAAAAUCAAGAUCUACGAGUUUCCCGACACGGAGGACGAUGAGGACAGCAAACUGAUCCGAAAGAUAAAGGAGAAGAUGCCUCUGGCCGUGGUUGGUAGCAACGUAGUGAUCGAAGUGAAUGGCAGGAAGGUCAGAGGGCGUCAGUACCCCUGGGGUGUGGCAGAAGAGGGCAUUAUUGUGGAGAACGGUGAGCACUGUGACUUCACAGUCCUGAGGAACAUGCUCAUCAGGACGCACAUGCAGGACCUGAAGGACGUGACCAAUAACGUUCACUAUGAAAACUACCGGAGUAAGAAACUAGCAGCCGUCACCUGCAACGGGGUCGAUGCCACCAAGAACAAGGGCCAGCUCACAAAGAGUCCCCUGGCCCAGAUGGAGGAGGAGAGGAGGGAGCAUGUGAUGAAGAUGAAGAAGAUGGAGACAGAGAUGGAGCAGGUCUUUGAGAUGAAGGUCAAAGAAAAGAAGCAAAAGCUGAAGGACUCUGAGGCAGAGUUGGAGCGGCGUCACGAACAGAUGAAGAAGAAUCUAGAAGCUCAGUAUAAAGAGCUUGAGGAGAAGAGGCGCCAGUUUGAGGAGGAAAAAGCCAACUGGGAGGCCCAGCAACGCAUCCUGGAGCAGCAGAAACUUGAUGCAUCAAAGACAAUGGAAAAGAACAAGAAAAAAGGAAAAAUCUUUUAAGGCAUCAUGAAGCUCCAUUCCUUACAAACCCAGAAACUCCUUGCAUCUCUUUUGAUGCUAUGAUGUGAUGUCCUAUGACCCCAUAAGAAACACUCUCCGGGAGGGAUAUGGUACAGUUUACUGCACGUUCCAUUGCAUAAACAAAAGCUAUGAAAUUCAGGAUAUUUUUAUAAUCACAUCCACGCACAACUUUAUCUCCCUCUUCUGGUCAGCUAUAAUAUAACGCCACAUGCGCUUUUCGUCAAGAGCACGUUUUCAACCGUUCGAUUCGAAUGACAACAUCGACCGACAUUCGUUUUAAUAACUUUUAAUUCCAGUAAUUACAAACAAAACUUGAUCGCGUGAUCAUUUCUGACAGAACAGAGCCAUUUCGAUCUCGCACGUUCACACGUCUUGGUGAUAAGAAGGUCUCGUGGUAGGUUUGCAUGGGUGAGACAGAGAAGGAGACAGACGGACGGAAGCAAGUGCGACGCGUUUAAGCAUGUAUGUCUUCGUAAAAAGCAACGCUAUGGAUAGAAGGUCUCGUGACUGGUGUGUUUCUUCGGGGGUCAUAAACAUUAAAAGACUUGUUUUAACAUUAUUGCACAGCUAAAUUAUGACAAUAACAGUUUUCCAUGUUUUUUAAACCCAUUUGCCGGCUGUGUACGUAGAUAACUGUGUCCCUACCAUAGAUGGUGUUAUACAAAAUGGCAUGAUUGUCGAUAACAAUAGUCAUUUUAUUGAUAUGGAUGGAUAUAAAAGAAUUACAAUAAUAUUAUAGGAUGUUGCUCGAACAUUCUGCCUUAAAACUGCAGACUGUUUCUGCUCACGUUUUGUUUUAUUUUUUUUUUUAUUUUUAUUAUUGUGAUCCGAUUACGUCCCUCGAUCUAUACCUAAACUGAUCUGAGACCAGUUUGUUUCAUUUUAAUAGUUGGGACUUGGAUUUUUAGCUGUUGGGGCUGGUCCUAGAUCAGGGCCUGAUGGUCAGUUUUAACCCGAGUGAGUUCAGUGUAUCUAAACGGAUGUUAUUUUAGCCAUACUUACCCUUUGUAAUAAACCCGCUUUACGUUCCAAGCGGAAAUGAGAAUGGAAGAGCUCUUUUGUUCCUGUUGGAUAGUUUUAGAUUUAUUACACGCAGGCUCCAGGUCUUAACACAUGCCAAACAGCAACGUAUAGACGGCAAGGUGCACAAAACUCUUAAUGCAAAGGGCAAUAAACGGUCCCCGUGCGCCUCAUGUGAUCACACACUAUUAUAUAUUUUGCAGGUUUGUCAUUAUGCAAGUUUGAAAACACUCCGUUCUUCCUGUCGUGGAUCGCUAAGCCACGCAGAUGCUCUGAAGUACGUGUCUAGUUUAUGGUUUUCAUAGAACAGUAUUCUGGGUAAAGAAAAAAAAAACUUUCUUUGACCACUCUACGCUUUUUUUUUUUUUUUUUUAAAUAGUAGACCUGAACAUGGCUUUAGAUAUGUUUGUUUUCUUAUUAUUUUUUGUAUAUGUAUUCAAUUUUCAAUUUCCGAUUGUAUUUCUUCAUGUUUUAUCUUCAACUGUUAUUCUUUCUGCCUAACUGUACAAUAUUAAACAUGAGAUGUUAUGCUGA